GUACUAGAGCUAAUUCGUAUUGUGUAUAUUUCAUAUGAACGCUCACAAAUAAAAUUACUUGUGGAAAAAUGAUGAAAAAUAAUUUACUUUUGGACACGCUGCACGCUGUCGAGCAGGUGGAAAUAUCCUUCGAGCAGACACUGCGCACGAUCGGCGACAUCAAUCAUCGCUACGAAUUGGUCUCGACCCUCAAACAGAGCGCCGCCAAUGGUCAGGACUCGUAUGAGCGAGAAAUUCAGGCAGCCAUCACGAAUCGCACCUUCACGAAAAUCUCCUCCAAGAAGUGGAAAAAGAAGAAAGCAAAGCCAGUGAAGAGAUUCACAAAGCGGAGGAUAAUCAGCGCCUGUAGCUUGAAUGAGCCGGACUACGGAGCGGCGGUCCAGCCAGCUGAGCAAACUUGCGCUUCCCCUUCCGCACCCCAAAUGGAUAUCCCAUACAUGUCCAUGCAGACCAACUGCCAGUUCUAUCAUAUCGAAUGUAAGAGCAAUAUUGUGGUGCCCAAGAGAACCUAUAGGGAGCGCAUCGAACGACUGCACAGGGCGGCGCAUAAGAAAUUAUCGGAACAGUGCAAGGCGUUCAGCAAUGGGUGUGGCAACCCAGAGACAGAACAAGACGAGAAUUUGCCGAGUUGCUGCAUCUAUUGCUGUCAGUCUUGCUGUUGCAGCUGUUGCAACUGUUGCGAGUAUUAGUGAUAAAUUCCUAAAAGUUCGGAAAAUUCUCAAAUUUCGUUUUACAUUUAUUAAAAGUCAAAAUAAAUAUUUUUUUGUUGCCUACUCUUGGGCAAAACGUUUAUUGAA